GUUAUUUCAAGCCUACAAUAGUCAGUGGCUGUUAAAUCAGCUUUAGUGCUGAUAUCUUACACUCAAUCUCAUGUAUGAAUUUAACAAAUAACUAUUACUUCUUUUUGUAGUUGUUGUUGUUUUUAAGUUAGUGAAAUGACUCAGGAAAACAGUGUUUGUAUGCAGUCUGUUGACAUGGACUUGACUUGUCUUCCUCCUGGCAACACGUCCCUGCAACAGACUGAUGCGCCCGGUGCAGCUGAACAGCAGACAAUGAGCGUUUAUCUCAGAGUGAGGCCUUUCUCUAAAGAGGAGCUCUCUAACAAUGAGGAUCAGGCUUGUGUUGUGAUUGAAAACAGCCAGACGGUGACACUGAAUGCACCAAAAGGUUCUGCCACCAUGAAGAGCAGUGAGAAAGGAAUUGGCAUGUCACUCCACAAAUUUUCUUUUUCACAGAUUUUUGGGCCUGACACAACACAGGCUGAGCUGUUUGAGAACACAGUCAAAAACCAAAUGAAUGAUUUCUUGGAUGGAAAGAAUGCACUGAUAUUCAGCUAUGGUGUAACCAAUGCUGGGAAAACCUUCACAAUCCAAGGAACUCCAAAAGAGCCAGGAAUACUGCCUCGAGUGCUGGAAAGCACUUUUCAGUACAUUGGAGAACAUCAGUAUCAGGGAAUGGACCUGAAGCCCUACCUCAGGAAUGGUGUGCAGUCUCUGGAUUUUGACCAAGUAAAGCAGGAAAGAAGCACUAAAGCUGCCAUUUUUGCUUCAAUUAAAGAAGUAAGGACUCAGUUCUGUCAAAUGUAUUCCAGAAAAGAGAAGAUGGGAAUAAAGCACCUGACUGUAGUGCUGUUUACAUUCAUAUGUCUCUCCUCUGGUCUAGGAGUGUGAUCCUCUCAGAUAUCUACAGAGGUGUUCAGAGACCCAUUUUCAGCAAUAAUCCCUCCUGUGUUCAGUGGUACAUUGUCUUAUCUAAUGCAAGUUUAACACAUUAAAAGCCUAACUUAUCACUCAAAACAGCUUUUUAAGACAUUUGAGCACAAACUCAAACUAUUGUGGGGAUUAAAGAAACAAUAAAUGUGUCUGGAUCAUCCCAGUUUCUGUUUUUAACCUCGUUAAACCAAGUUUACAUUUUCCUCUAAAGGGGCUGCAACACCCAGCUGCACAAAACCUUCACUUUUCCAACAGUUUCACUCUUUGAAUAGUUUUCAUUUCUUACAAUCAGAAUUCUCCAAUAGAUUUGUAGAAGAAAAUUAUUUUUCUUUCAUGCAUCACCAACUGAACCUUUUAUGUAAACGUUUCAAGUUGCAGCCUAACCUCAUUUAAUUUUGCUUAGCAAAGUACUUUUCAACUCUAAUAAUUAGUAAGAGUAUAUUUCUUAUCAUCUAUUGGUCAUCUGACCUGAUAAACUUCAAUUAACAUUAUAACACAGGAGU